AUGGCUACUUUUGGGUUUGAAGAUUACAUUGCUUCGCUUAAAGUGUAUCUAACUAGGUACCGGGAGGGAUCUGCUAGCGGAGGUGAUCGAUCCUCUAAAAGAGAUAUAGUUGGUGCUCAGAUUGAUCCAAAUGCAUUGAAAAGAGGUUCUGAAAAUAUCGUUCAAAGUUCCACCAAUAAUGUUGAAACUUCAACUCCUUUGGAGCAACGUCCUUCUAAACUUCCAAGAGUCGAAUCUAAAGAUGUUGAUACAUCUUCUUUGGUGAGGGAUCCGGGGUUGCGUCAACAAAUAUGGGAUUAUCCGGUAUCUGAAUGUGAUGAGAUCAGACGUGCUUAUAUCAAAUCCGGGCCAUAUCAACCCAAGGCUCCGAACAAUCAACCUUUUGAAACUGAUAAGAAUGGGCGUCGUUUUUUAGAUUCUUGGUACAAGUUAUUUCCGGAUUGGUUGGAAUACUCUCCAACAAAAAAUCGUGCGUUUUGCCUUCCAUGUUUUCUUUUUACUAAGCCAACUGGACGCCCUGGAUCUAGUGCUUUUACAAUCGAGGGAUUUUCUUCUUGGAAGAAAGUCAAUAAAGGGAAGAAUUGUCCUUUGUUAUCGCAUAUGGGCAAGGAUCCUCCUAACUCAUCGCAUAGAGUUGCUAUCAAAUGUUGUUGUGAUUUAACAAAUCAAGCGCAACAUAUUGAGGCAAUUAUUGAAAAACAAACUUCUAUACAAAUUGCUAGAAAUCGUUUGCGAUUGAAGACCUCGAUAGAUGUGAUUAAAUGGUUAACAUUCCAAGCCUGCGCUUUCAGAGGUCGUGAUGAACGCCACGAAUCUAACAACCGAGGGAAUGUUAUUGAGUUGAUAAAGCUCUUGGCUUCUUAUAAUGAGGAUGUGGCAGCAGUGAUACAAAGAUUCAUUCGUGAGGAGAUUAAUGAUGGGAAGUUUUUCAUUCUAGUUGAUGAAUCUGAAGAUGAAUCGAAAAGAGAGCAAAUGGCAAUUGUUUUGAGAUUUGUUGAUAAAUAUGGUUUUAUAAAAGAGCGUUUCUUUGACAUAGUUCAUAUGUUAGAUACCACGUCAGCAACUUUGAAAGAAGAAAUUUGUAUUGUCCUUUCUCGUCAUAACCUUAGUGUGCAAAAUAUUAGUGGUCAAGGAUAUGAUGGUGCCAGUAACAUGUAUGGAGAAUGGACUGGGUUGCAGGCUCUAUUUUGUGUUGAGUGUCCAUUCGCAUAUUAUGUUCAUUGCUUUGCUCAUCGGCUCCAAUUGGCUUUAGUAGGAGCAUCUAAACAGGUUAUAUCUAUCAAUCAAUUUUUCUCUUACUUGACUCAAGCAAUUAAUAUAGUUGGCUCAUCUUGCAAAAGACAUGAUCAAUUAAGAGCUGCUCAGGCUGCAGAUAUUGCUGAAAAGCUUGCCAUUGAUGAUGAAUUCGAGACUGGUAAAGGAAAAAAUCAGAUUGGAACAUUGAAACGAGCUGGAGAUACUCGAUGGGGUUCUCAUUUGAGUUCCAUUUGUAGUUUGAUAAACAUGUUCAGUGCUACUUGUGCAGUCCUAAGAAACAUAAUUAAUGAUGGAAGCAAAUCGAAUCAACAAGCUGAGGCAGAUGGAGCUUAUGAUUCCAUUACAUCUUUUGAGUUUGUCUUCAUCUUACAUCUUAUGAGGGAUAUCAUGGAGAUUACUGAUGAUCUUUGCCAAGCUUUGCAAAGUAAAUCUCAAGAUAUAUUAAAUGCAAUGCAUUUGGUGUCUACAACGAAGAUAUUUAUUCAAAAAUUUAGAGAAGAUGGAUGGGUUCCAUUGUUGGAGAAAAUUAAAUUAUUUUCUAAUGAUCAUGGUAUACAGAUUCCUGAUAUGAGUUGUCCUUAUAAAGGAGGCCGAGUUACAAGAAUUAAAAAUAGGUUUAAGGAAGAUGUAAUGGAAUUGCUUGUUCUUAGCUCAGCUUUGGAUCUUGGGAAUGGUUAUAGAUCAUUCAACAUUGAGGAUAUUUGCAAACUUGCAGAUAAAUUUUAUCCCAUGGAUUUCUCCGAGCAAGAAAAAUUGCAUUUGAAGUAUCAGUUGGAAAACUAUAAGCUUGAUAUUUCCACACUUCUCGAGUUUUAG